CUCUCUUUCUUCUCAACACUCACACGGUCACACCAUUCUCGUCUUCCUCUAGAGAGAGAGGCAAACUCUCUCAGAAAAAUAGCGCUUUUCGUUCCCCAAUUUCCGAUUCUGCCCUUCAAUUCCCCAUGGCUCCUGCCACCUCACCGGCGCGGUCGGCCAAGAGGCUCAUCGGCUUUAGCCGCCGGACGCAGGCAAUUCACCCGCACGGUCAGCAGUCGCCGUGCGGGCCGCCGGCGAAGAAGUACAAGUCGAUGACGGACAUAAUGGCGAGGGCGCCGUACGCCGUCGUGGAGCGCGAAGAUUACGGCGACCUCAGCUGCGAGCAAUGCGGCUCCGGCGAGCGGCCGGAGGAGCUGCUUCUCUGCGACAAAUGCGACAGAGGGUUCCACAUGAAAUGCGCGAGGCCUAUCGUCGUUAGGGUUCCUAUUGGAUCCUGGCUUUGCCCUGAAUGCGUUGGAAGCAACAACAGACAGAGAAGAAUAAAAAGCUUCUCGCAGCGUAAGUUAAUUGAUUUCUUCGGGAUUCAGAGGAGCGACAAUGAUCACGUUAGAGCUGCUUCUUCUCAAGAUGCUAAGAAGCGUCGAAGACGAUCACGCCCUCUGGUUAUGCACAAGAGAAGGAGGAGAUUAUUACCAUUUAUUCCUUCAGAAGAUUCGAACCAAAGAAAUAAACAGAUGAAUUCACUUGCUACUGCUUUAUCAGCAUUGCAUAUGGAUUUUAGCGAUGACCUCAGAUACUUGCCUGGAAUGGCUCCUAGAUCUGCUAAUCAAGCCAUAUUAGAAGAUGGUGGCAUGCAGAUUCUUUCAAAGGAAGAUAUGGAGACCUUGGAACACUGCAGAGCUAUGUCUAGAAGAGGCGAAUGUGCCCCCUUUCUAAUUGUUUAUGAUGCACGCGAAGGCUAUACUGUGGUGGCUGAUGCUCCAAUCAAGGAUUUGACAUUUAUUGCGGAAUACACGGGCGAUGUGGAUUACCUUAAGAAUCGAGAAAGUGAUGAUUGUGACAGUAUGAUGACCCUUCUUUUAUCAAGUGAUCAUUCUCAAAGUCUUGUCAUCUGUGCUGAUAAACGCGGAAACAUUGCUAGGUUUAUUAAUGGCAUCAACAAUCAUACUCCGGAAGGUAGGAAGAAGCAGAACUGUAAAUGUGUGAGAUACAAUGUUAACGGUGAAUGCAGGGUCCUUUUGGUUGCUACUCGUGAUAUUUCUAAGGGCGAGAGGCUUUAUUAUGAUUAUAAUGGUUAUGAGCAUGAAUACCCCACACAUCAUUUUGUCUAAAUGAAAGUUAUAAAUGCCUCUUAACAGAAAACUUGGAUCCAAUUUUAGGUCCUUGUUAAAGGAUUUUCAGGAUUUUCUUGAAAAACUAUAACUUAUUGUUCACGCAGAAUUGCAGAAACAAAUUUUUUCCUCAACUGUUGCUAUGGGCAAUUAAUUUUGUAAUUUUUGCUUAGGAGCUAGUCCAAAUAUCUGGCUUAAAGACGAGUAGCGUACCCUGGGGAAACUUUUCUUCAUUAAGGCAAUGCCCCAAUAUCAAUAUAUACAUUUUUUUCAAUACAGUUUCAAGGAAAUUAAAGAAUAGAUUUUGCUUAGAA